AUGGCGGAGCCCUUAUGUGGCGCGCCCUCACUGGCCUCGGGUCUUGUCAGGGGCGCUUGGCGCUACGGCAUCAAGCUCCCUUACAUCCUGACCCUAUCUUCGGUCGUUCUUCGGGCGCCCCCAAGGUCCCAAGCAGGAUCCCCGUCGCCAUAA